AUGGCGCCUAGUAAUGAAAAUCGGAACUAUGCAAACCGGUUUCAUCGAUCGCUUUGGUGUCCGGUUCAUGGUCCUCCGAUGCAAGAUUGUCUCAAUAAUCUCCCCGUGGCUACGGUGGCGUUCACAUCCAGCGGGAACAUUUACGAAUUGGACGAUCUCGUUCGUAUUUUGCCGUGUCAUCAUUUCUUUCAUAAAAAUUGUAUUGACACAUGGUUGAGACAGGCGGACAACUGUCCAACUUGUCGGGGAGAUGUUAGGUCACUAUAUAAAGACCUCGUGAAGAUGACAGCUCUCGGAGGACCAACUGAUAAUCAGUGGGAGGAGAUGGAGCUUCUUAGCGAGGCUCUAGGAACUUGUACAACCCUUUCGAGAUGCCACAGUGCUCAGGGCAUGUAUGAGCAGUAUUUCGGCACGAGUGCAGAUGACUCGAGUCUCCAGGGUUCAGUGUAUGUACCAGACUUGGGCAACUUGAGUCUUAGUGAUUCAGAACAGAUGCAAGGUUCAUCUCGUGGACGUUCUACUACGGCCAGAAAUCAAGGCUAUCCGACUGAUCCAGUUCGACGCCACGCUGUUCAGGCUGCAGAAAGACGACGCAAUAACCAACUUUACUAUUUAUGA